GCUUAUGCAAAUGAGGUUUUCAUCCCCUACCUGCAGAAGCAGCUGCAGGAUGCAAAACGAUUGGAUGUUGUAUGGGACACGUACAUCCCUGACAGCUUGAAGGAGUCCACCCGAGAAAAAAGAGGACGUGGUGUUCGCAGGAAAGUGUCAGGCCCGACAAAGUUGCCAGGCAACUGGAUGGACUUUCUUCGCGACCCAAUCAACAAGAAGGAGUUGUUUGAUUUCUUGACAUCCAAGAUCCAAGAGUUCAGCUGGCCACCAACCAAAGCUGUGUAUGUCACAUCGGGGCAAGCGGUGUCAGGACAAGCUUUUGGUUCCACUAGCAUGAUGGACUGUUGCAACCAUGAGGAGGCAGACACAAGGAUAGUGGUCCAUCUACAAUGCGCAUUGAAGGAGGGAGCAAAGACAGUUCUUGUGCGAACUGUGGACACUGAUGUCAUCGUGAUCCUUGCUGGUUUAUUUUAUGAUUUGGUGGUGCUUCAACCAUUGACUGACAUCUGGGUGGCUUUUGGCAUGGGAAAAAGGUUCAGAUAUUACCACAUAAACCACAUCUGCAAAAGCCUGGGGGAACCCAAAUCACAAGGUCUGCUUAUGUUCCACGCAUAUUCAGGUUGUGACACAACAUCUGCAUUUAACGGAAAAGGCAAGAAGUCAGCUUGGAGGGCCUGGCAAGCCUAUGAUGCUGCUACAGAAACAUUUAUGUAUCUGGCAAAGCAUCCAUUCCAGGAACUAAAAGUUGACUCUGAGCAUUUCCAGACACUUGAGAGGCUGACUGUGAUCCUGUACAACAGAUCCAGUCCUUUGAACUCCAUCAGUCAAACAAGGAAGGAACUCUUCUGUCAAGACAGUCGGCCGAUGGAGAGAUUACCUCCCACGCAGGAUGCCCUACUCCAGCAUGUAAAACGGGCUGUGUUUCAGGCAGGAAUCUGGGCAACCAGCACAGACACACAGCAAGUGAUUCCUUCUCCAAAGGACUUUGGAUGGACCAAGGACGAAACAGGGUCAUGGGUUCCAGUUUGGAUAACCAUUCCCGAGGUCUCCAUUGCCUGCAGAGAGCUGAUAAAAUGCUCAUGUAAAGGUGACUGUUCCAGCUGUAAAUGCAGCAAUGCUAAUAUUGACUGUUCUCCACUUUGCAAAUGCAACUGCUGCAAAUAGACACCAGAUUACUUCAUAGUGUAGUAAGAAGAGUCAUCCAGGCCAUUGGUCCUCAGCCCCCAUGCUGAUCAUGUGCACCAGCUGACUUGCCCCUUUAAUUUAUUUUUGGCCUCAAUCAGAGUUCUAACAUUAUAAUUGCAUUAAAGGUUUUAUGGAUAAUACUUCAUGUGCUGGGUCUUGAAUCAUCAUCUGAAAAUGAUACUUUUUGCUAUUUCCGUCCAUAAUGAGGCCUUAUUUGAAAGCCAAAUGGUUCAUAAUGGAAUCAAAUAUUGGCAUUCUGGCUGUUCUGGGAUGUGAAGACACUACCUGUAGACACCCUGUGCAAGUAUGAUGUAAAAACUAGCAGCAGGAGGACACAUGACAAGAAUUAGUCCUUUUUUAGUAUAGGCGUUUUUUGCAGUUAUUGAUCAAAAUAACUUAUGUGCACUAUAAAGGUAUUUUCAAUAUUUAAGUUUGAGUACCCUUCUAAAAUCCUUCAGUAGGUCAUAAAGAAGGCCCAUAAAAAAUUUGGCGCUUUUAUCCGC